AUGGCUGCAGAUGGCAUUGAGGACCUGGGAAAGCUGGAUGGCCCAGUCCUGGUAUUCGGCGGUGCAUACUCGAACCUGCAGGCUCUGCAGGAAAUACUCCGCAUCGGCAAGGAGGAGCUGAAGAUUCCCCCAGCGAGGACAAUCCACACGGGCGAUGUGGUCGCCUACUGCGGCCAGCCGAUGGAAACCACCGAGCUCUUGCGGCAAAGCGGCGUGAGGUGUCUCAUGGGCAACUGCGAGGAGAGUGUGGGGCAAGCCAAGAGCGAUUGUGGCUGCGGCUUCCCCGAAGAUAGUGCCUGCAACUCCUACAGCCUCAACUGGUAUGCGCACGUGCAAGAGCAACUGAAGGGCCGAAAGGACCUCGCCGACUGGAUGGGUAGUUUACCCCGACAGUUGCGGCUGCAAGUAGCAGGACGGCGAUUGGCCGUUGUGCACGGCAGCCCACGAGGCAUCAGCGAGUUCGUGUGGCCAUCCAGCAGCGAUGAGGAGCUGGCGACGAUGAUGGCCCCCUUAGCCGGUGCCGUCGACGGAGUUCUUUGUGGUCACAGUGGCAUUCCGUUUGCGCGCCUAAUACCCGGCAGCGAGCAGGGAGAUACGAGACUCUGGAUGAAUGCUGGAGUCAUCGGCAUGCCGGCGAACGACGGCACCCGGCGCGUUUGGUACGCUCUGUUGGAGCCUUCCCCGGAGGGCUUGAAGAUCAGUUUGCGUUCCUUCAACUAUGAUGCGGAAGGAGCCGCCAAUUCGAUUCUCGCCCACACGAACCUGGUGCGGGGAUAUGCUGACGCUCUGAAGACAGGCAUUUGGCCGUCGCACGACAUUCUGCCGGUUGAGGAAGCAAUGGCUUCAGGGGUGGCCAUCCGAGACAAGGAGCACUUCUGGCCCAACCCUCCGAAGACCAGGACCCUCUGGCCGCUAGUGCUGGUAGCCUCUGCCCUCGCGGCCGUGGCCGCUGUGGCGCUGGCCCGGCGGAAGCAGCAGUGA